AUGUCCCUCUCAAUACCAAACGCUCCGAACGCCGGGCUCUUCAAGCAGGGCUACCAGAACUACGAUGCCGAAGAUGGAGCAGUCAUCCGCAACAUUGACGCAUGCCGGACUAUCGCCCAGACCGUUCAGACCUCGCUCGGACCCUAUGGCCGCAACAAGAUUGUCAUAAAUCACCUGCAAAAGAUGAUAUUAACGAACGAUGCGGCGACAAUACUGCGGGAGCUCGAGGUCGUGCACCCUGCGGCGAAAUUGCUCGUCAUGGCGUCACAGCAGCAGGAGGCGGAGAUGGGCGAUGCGACAAACAUGGUCAUCGUCUUGGCCGGCGAGCUGUUGAAGAAGGCGGAGGAGUUGAUACGGAUGGGUCUGAAGACCAGCGACAUUGUACUAGGAUAUGAGAAGGCACAAAAUGCUGCACUACAGGUUCUGGAAGAGCUUGUAUGCGACAAGGUUGACGACAUCCGUUCACAGGAAGAACUUAGCAAGGCAAUCCGCACGGUCGUCGCAGCUAAACAAUCUGGUAGUGAAGACUUCCUCGCAGACCUCGUCGCCGAGGGCGUCCUCGCAGUCCUCCCCAAGAACCCUGUCAACUUCAACGUGGACAACAUUCGGGUGGUAAAGAUUAUGGGAGGCAGCUUGGAGCAGAGCAAGGUCGUCAAGGGCAUGGUUUUUGCUCGGGAACCCGAAGGCAACAUCAAGAAGGCCACUAAGGCGAAGGUCGGCGUCUUCUCAUGCCCCAUCGAUAUCUCUCAGACGGAGACCAAGGGCACGGUGCUACUACACAAUGCGAAGGAGAUGCUGGAUUUCACAAAAGGCGAGGAGCAACAGAUCGAGCAAAUCGUCAAGGAGCUGCACGACUCUGGUGUCCGUGUCGUAGUAGCAGGCUCCACAGUUGGCGAGCUCGCCGCGCACUACCUCAACCGCUACAACAUCCUUGUCAUCAAGGUCCUCUCCAAAUUCGAGCUCCGCCGCCUCUGCCGCGUCGUCGGCGCCACACCGCUCGCCCGCCUCGGCGCCCCUAUGCCCGACGAAAUGGGAUCGGUCGACAUCGUAGAGACCCUCGAAAUCGGCGGCGACCGCGUGACCGUCUUCAGACAAGAGAACGAACAGACCCGGACAGCCACCCUCGUCCUCCGUGGCGCAACCCAGAACCACCUCGACGACGUUGAGCGCGCCAUCGACGAUGGUGUUAAUGUAGUCAAGGCAAUCACCCGCGACGCGCGCCUCGUCCCCGGCGCCGGUGCAACCGAAAUGCAGCUCAUCGAGCGCAUCAAGUCGCUCGCGGACCGCACCCCAGGUCUUAGCCAGUACAGCAUCCGCAAGUAUGCCGAGGCCUUCGAAGUCAUCCCGCGCACGCUCGCAGAAUCCGCCGGCCUCGACGCCACCGAGGUCCUCGCCCGCCUGUACGUCGCACACGCCGCGCAAAAGAAGAACGAUGAGUGGACCGUCGGGGUGGACAUUGAGAACGAUGACGGCACCGGCACGCUGGACGCAAAGGACGAGGGUAUUUUGGAUCUGUGGGUCAGCAAGAGCUGGGCUAUCCGGUUGGCGACGGAGUCUGCGAGGACGGUAUUGAGUGUCGAUCAGAUUAUUGUAGCGAGACAGGCAGGUGGGCCUAAGAUGCCCGGUAAGGCGCAGCAAGGGAACUGGGAUAAUGACGAUUAG